AUGAAGUCGUAUUCAGUGGAGCGAGCCAUGUCGCUCGCCUGGGAUCGUGCUAUCGCGAAGCCCGGAAUACCUUUCAGAAGAGCCGUAGUUGGGUUCAAUUGCAAUGUGGAUGUCAUUGUUUCUGGAACACAGAUAAUUGAAAAUCUGAAUACGACCUGUGAAAAGGGCAAGGAUCACGAAAAUCUCGAUUCGCUCAGUGAUUUACACGAGACCUUUGUGCACUUUUUUCAAAGAGGUGCUCCUGCUGAAAGAUAUAUGUCUUCGGAAAGCACAUUUGAGACAGUGGUUCGCCAAGUGGAGUCAGCUAUACCUCGAGCUCAGUAUCAUAUCGGAGGUAAUGCUGCUCUUAUGGCAGAACGAAUUGCAUCUGGAUUUCCAAGUACAGAGGUCUAUCUUGUUGGUCCGAUUGGCCCCAGAAGCCAGGCGCUAUUAAAUCCUUCGGUCAGAAGAACGAAUUCUACUCGAAUUACAAAGGAUGAACUCCACGUCAUCUUGGAGUACAAGCAGGGCGAAACUUUGGGCGAUUGGAUCGCUCCCAGUAGUAGUCGAUUUAUCACGAGUCACGAUCAUUUCAGCGGAAGUACAGUUGUGAUGGAGAUGUUCUUCAAAGCAAUUGCUCAAUUCAAGCCAGAUCUGAUAAUCAUUUCCGGUAUACACACGUUGGAAUUCCAAAAUAAGGAGAUGCGUCUCGAAAAAUUGCGAAUGAUUCGGCGCAAUCUUCUUCAGAUAUCAUCGAAGACGCCAAUUCACUUUGAACUGGGAAGUCUUGCUGAUGCCACAUUUAUGUUCGAUAUUCUCCACAGAAUCAUCCCCCACGUCGAUUCUUUGGGCAUAAACGAACAAGAAUUAGCGUUUUUAUCACACGUGGCUGGAGGACCACACAUGGAGGAGUAUCCUGUACAAGCCGGUACUGUACACGCACAUAAGGUUGUUGAGAUGCUCGACUGGUUGCUCAGGACUUUUGGACGCGACAGAAUGAAUCCAAAUUCAAAGAAUUAUGGAUACCGUCUCCAAAGGAUUCACUUUCAGUGCUUGACGUACCAGAUGGUGGUUAGCUCAGGGAAUGAUUGGUCUAAUCUUGCCGCCGGGCUUGCAGCAUCUUCACGUCUAGCGGGGCGGAUGGCGUGUAAUCUUGUUAAUCAGGCGCGCAUGGAAACUGAUAUGUUGGAGGUGCGAACGGCCCCGUCAUUCAUUCUUGAUAAGAAGCUCGGGAAGAUGUACCAUUUCCACGCACAUAAGUGA